CAUAGUAUAAGUACAUGUACACAAGUAUUUCUCAGUCUGGUGGAAUAACAACAGAUUUUUGUCUUUGGCUUGCAAUUUUUAAGCCAUUUGCGCAGUGAAGCGUCGGUCGCGUUGUUGUUGUUGUCGUCGUCUUCGUCGCCGUUGUUUAAUUGGCCCAACAACAAUAAAGAAAUAAUAGCUAAGAAGAAAAAAAAGUAUCUCAAGUGUGUGAUUGUGAAAGUUCCUGCCCAAAAAUGUACAUGAAGCGAGCUCUGUUUGUGCUGGCACUGCUCAGCGCACAGCCCUAUGGCCAUAUGGCCAAUGAGGAUGACUCCAAUCCAUUUCUGGACAUGGCCUCCAUGUUCAUACAGGAGGCAUUGUCAAAUCAGAACGCAGGCGGUGGCGGUGGUGCUGCUGGCGGAGGCGGUGCGGGCGCCGGACUGGCAGGUGUCGCCUCCAUGAUCGGCAGCUUUAUGCAAGCCAAUGGAAAAGCUGGUGGCGGUGGCGGUGGCGGCGGUGGCGCCAUGCAAAUUUUAUCCGGUCUCGGCAGUCUGCUGGCCAACAAUGCACGUGGCGGCAAUGGGGGUGGUGGCGGUGGUGGGUUUGAUCCGUCCAUCAUUGGCAAUGUCCUGGAAAUGUUCACACAAACCGAUGACGAGGAUUCUGGCGCCGCUCAAAAGCGCAGCAAUAGCGGCGGCAGCUCCGAUGGCGGCUCUGGCAUUGGCCUAGACACCAUUCUACAAGUGGCCUCCGCUUUUAUGAACACACAGGGCGGCGCCGAGAAGCCAGCUACGCAUACCCAUCAUCAACAGAAGAGAUCCGCAACCGAAGAGCCAGAGUCGGAAAAUGGUUUCAUGAACUUGUUGCCGCUGGUUAUGCAGGCAGUUAGCUCGUUUGCUGGUCCCGAGGGCCAGAGCACACAGGAACGCCAUAAGAGUCAUGCCUGGGUGCUGCCACCAUUUCUGGAGCAUGUGCACGUGCUAUGGGAUCACUUCUCCAACUCGGAGCUCGCCGAUGCGCUAUACGAAAAGUCGGGCGUCAACAAGAUCAUGAAGGGCUUUAAGGGUCGCGAUGGCAAGUUGGAUUAUGACAAAUUGUUCGAGUCUCUGAACAAUCAAUCUUUCCGUCGUCGCUGGAUCAAAUCGGCCACAUUGUAUUUGGCUGACUGGGCCAGUUACUUGGCCAAUCCUGAAAACUAUCUCAGAUAUUUCCAGACGGCGCAGAUCAUGUUUAACGGUCUGUUAAAAUCUCAAGGUUAUCCCAAGCAAACCUAUUUCGAUCCGGCACGUCCCAGCGAGACAAUUUCUAACCUAUUGAACCACGUUGCCAAACAUCAUUUGAAUGUGAAAAUCGAUUCGCGCCAGUACGUGAAACCUGCUGUGGGCUAUGCCAAGGAGCUGCUGAAACUGGGCCAAGCACGUGGUCUGCUGCAGUUCAAUGCCACCGAGAUCAGUGAUAGAUUAACGGAUACCCUGAAUCUGGAGGUUAUCGAACCGGUGCUUAAAGUCCAUCGCGCCUACAGAUACAUCUCGAAGUCGCCGCAAUGCGAUCGCUAUGUGCUCUGCCAGCUAAAUGCAGCUGCUUUGGAGCAACAGCAACAGCAGCAGCAGCAGCAGCAGUCCAAGAAACAGGCGACUGCCUCAUCGCCUGGCGGUCUCAUUGCCGGUGUUAGUCCGAAAAUUGUCAAGAUCGGCAGCAUGGGUGCCGCGAUCUUCAUUAGCACAGAAACCGGUACACCAUUCUGGACGCUAUUUGGGGUAAUCAAUGCGCCAUAUAAUUGUGAGGUGAAAUAUCCCGUGGACUGCAUUGGCUUCCAUGAGGGCGAGGCCAAGGUGACCACAGAAUAUGUACACAACGAGUUGUAGUUGCUCCAACUAACAACGAGACUGUUAACGAGUGCUCAUUAGAAUGAUUUAGUUGUAAUUGAUAAAAUGAUUUCAAGUGUACAUAGUAUUACGAACUGCAAUAAAUUUUAAUUUAAUUGGUA